AUGGCAGAUUGUAUCAGUGGGCUCACGCUCGCGCGAGAAAACAGAACGAGUUGCGAUGAAGUCAAGAAAAUAUGUGCAUAUGCCACAUGCCAGGAUACCAAAGGGGGUCACUGUUAUGGCCUAGACAGCAACGUUGGUCAACCUGCAGGCUACCAGAACACCUCUUAUGCCAGCAAUUGCGAAGAUCGAAACUGUCCUUUAGCGUGGGAACAUGGAUAUCCACUUGUAUGGGAUGGUGCCCCAGCAUGUUGUGCAGACCCCGAUAUGGUGAUAGUCUGUGAUCCCGACUGUACCUGCAAUGACCUGACGACACUGACCGCAACAUUGCCGCCGCUUACGACAACAACACCGUUUCCUACAUCAACCACGUUGUCAAGCUCAUUUCCUGAAGUGACGAGCUCGUCAGUGACUAGCAUAAUGUUGACUCCUGGUUCUCUUCUUCCAACGCCGGGAACGAGCCCAACGGCAGCCCCAACGAGUGGCCUGACUACAGGGGCCAAAGCAGGCAUAGGCGUCGGCGCAGCUGUAGGCGGAGCAGUAAUCUUUGGUCUUAUCUUCUGGCUUGCCUGGGUCCUUCGCAAAAGACGCAAAGAGACGGCUAAGCUUUCUCCAGGAAUGGACACAGGGGAGCCUGAGUGGAGGGAUCACACUCAUGGCACCCAUGAGUCUAGUCAAGGGGCUGGCAAUGGUCUUGGAGAGCCUUUGAGAAUGACAGGCAGAUAG